AUGCAGUCAACACCAAACAGGACCAGUAAAAUCCCUCGACCUGGGGCAAUAUCACCCCGUGUCAGUCAAGGAAGCAAAAGCCCUCCAGGCAGUGGGAGCUUCCAAGAGAACAAGAGCCCUCAAUCACCAGUCGAAGCUCGUACAUCUACCCCUAUUCAUGAUGAGUUCCCACUUGUCUCUGGGUUAACACAAGGACUUGAAGACUGCGACUGGGAGCAACUCCAAGAGAAAUAUGCUGAUGCAAUGGAUGAACACGGUCGAGUCGAAGAGAAUCUUCGAGUUGAAACAGCCAAGCUUCUUGAAGUUUUCAUGGCAUGGUCUCAAACUACCGUUUCGCAAGAUGAGAACAGGGCUUUGAAAAGGUUCAAGACCCAAAUGCAGCACGUUCAAAAUUCCGAAGUCAAUGUGGAAAACAAAAAGAAGCAUUAUACAGAAGUAGUAAAGGCUUUCCAAAAUGCUCUCGCCUUGCUAAACGAUCAAAUGAAGGUUUAA